AGCUUUAGUUAAUGGUCCCUUCUUUUGCUUCUUUCACCUAUUAAUUUCUGCCAUCCUUCACCAUCAAAUAAAAGUUUUUUUUCUGUAAAACAACCUGUCUUGUGAUUCACAGCACCACCCACAACUCAAUCCCAGUUUGUUUUUUUUAGCCAUGAGUUCCUGUAAAACCAAAACUGACAAUUUCUUUCCAUGCCUCACACUUUUUCUUGGCAUCUGUGUCACAUUAAGCCUAUCCUAUGCAAAAGAAACGCAACCUGAAGAUACCCUUCAAGUUAAUCACUUUCUGAACAAAAUUCAACAAUGGAGUCAUCAUCAAGAUUCCGAACUGAAAGUUACAGCAUCAACUGUGAUUGCAGGACUUUUAUGCUUCAUAGCUUCUUCUAUAUCAAGUGCAGGAGGGAUUGGUGGCGGGGGGCUUUUUAUACCAAUAUUAACUGUAGUGGCUGGUUUAGAACUUAAAACUGCCACUAGUUUCUCAGCUUUUAUGGUCACUGGUGGUUCAAUUGCAAACGUUAUGUACAAUAUGUUAACUACAAGUUCAAAAUUUGGUGGUAAGAUUCUAACUGAUUAUGAUAUAGCACUUUUAUCAGAGCCAUGCAUGUUACUUGGAGUGAGUAUUGGAGUGAUUAGCAAUCGAGUUUUCCCAGAGUGGCUGGUUACUAUUUUGUUUGCUGUGUUCCUUGCUUGGUCUACUUUUAAGACUUGUAGAAAUGGAUUGUUGCAUUGGAAAUCUGAAUCGGAAAGUGUGAAUCGAUACGUGACGUUGAAGGAUGAGAGUUAUGAUGGAACCAGCGAAGAACCUUUGUUGAAAAAGGAAGAAAUUAACAACCAAUUGAAGUUUCCAUGGAUGAAACUUGGUGUCCUGGUUAUGAUUUGGUUUUCUUUCUUUGUUCUCUAUCUUCUUCGUGGCAAUCGUUAUGGACAGGGUAUUAUAACAAUGGAGCCUUGUGGAGUGGGAUACUGGAUUAUUUCCUCACUCCAAAUUCCAGUUGCUAUAGUUUCUACGGCAUGGAUCCUGUGCAGAAAAGAAUGCUGCCAAAAUAAAGUUCCAAACCAUCAGGAGAAGGACAUAGAAGAUUUAACUAGCAGUGGACCGUCAAACAAGCUUAUUUUCCCAUUCAUGGCACUAUUGGCCGGGAUCUUGGGGGGACUUUUUGGAAUUGGAGGUGGUAUGCUUAUAAGCCCACUUCUUCUUCAUGUUGGGAUACCGCCUGAGGUAACAGCGGCGACUUGUUCAUUCAUGGUUUUCUUCUCAUCUACGAUGUCAGCAUUCCAGUACUUGCUAUUAGGCAUGAAGCACACAGACUCGGCCCUCAUCUUUGCCAUCAUUUGUUUUGUUGGAUCACUUCUCGGAUUGCUGGUUGUACAGAGAGCUAUACAGAAAUUUGGAAGGGCUUCGUUGAUUGUAUUUUCAGUCGGUAUAGUUAUGGCUUUAAGUGCAGUUUUGAUGACCAGCUUUGGAGCUCUUCAUGUUUGGAGUGAUUACACAUCUGGGAAAUAUAUGGGGUUCAAACUACCUUGUUAGAUACAAUUUUGUACUUUAGGCUUUAUAAAUUUAUGGAUUACCAUGUGAAGUUUUGCUUGUAUAAUGAAGGCAUGGCAAAGUAGGAAGAUGGAACCUCUUCCA